GAAUGUAUAAAGCCAGUUAAGAUAGACAGGACUGCUGGGAAAGUGGGGAAAAUUCGGAUAGAAGAUGAUGGCAGUUACUUUAAUGUGUCAGAGGGAGGAAAGGAAACGAAGCUACAGAAAGCACAGAUCACAUUGAACGAUUGCCUGGCAUGUAGUGGAUGUAUAACUUCUGCAGAAAGUGUACUUAUAACUCAACAAAGUCAAGAUGAGCUGUAUAGGAUACUGCAAGAAAAUAAUCAGUUACAGAAGGAUGGCAAGUCAGAUGAAGAGAAGAUUGUAGUGAUAUCAGUGUGUCCGCAGGCCCGAGCUUCUCUAGCAGCUAAAUAUAACCUCAAUAUGACAGAAGCUACACACAAACUAACAGCAUUCUUCAAAAAACUAGGUGUACAUUAUGUGCUAGACACUACGUUUGCUCGAGGAUUCAGUUUGAUAGAGAGUUGUCGAGAAUUUGUAAAUCGUUAUAAAGAAUCCGAAGUUACACCAGCAGCAUUUCCUAUGUUAGCUUCUGCCUGUCCUGGUUGGAUAUGUUAUGCAGAGAAGACACAUGGUUCCUAUAUACUGCCUUACAUCAGUAAAGUAAAGUCACCUCAACAAAUUAUGGGAUCUAUUGUGAAGGAUUAUUUUGCAAAGCGUCUGUCAAAGUCCCCAGCCCAGAUCUACCAUGUCAGUGUGAUGCCAUGUUUUGAUAAAAAAUUAGAGGCUUCACGCCCAGAUUUCUACAGUGAUAUUUACAGUACCAGAGAUGUGGAUUGUGUUAUAACAUCAGGUGAAGUAGACUUGAUGUUGCAAAAGGAAGGUACAUUCCUAUCUGAUAUUGAAGAUUUUCCUUUAGAUACUUUGUUUGGGAGUGCAUCCAUUGUGAGUCAUAUAGGAGGUGGAUCGGGCGGUUAUCUGGAACAUAUUGCUAGGUAUGCUGCCCAGGAAAUCCUUGGAGUAACAGUGGAUAAUCUAAAAUAUAAAACACUCAGAAAUCAAGAUUUUCAAGAAGUUACUAUAGAAACAGAAGGCAAACCACCAUUUAAAAUGGCUCUAGCCUAUGGUUUCAGAAACAUUCAAAAUAUUGUGCAAAAAAUCAAACGUGGAAAAUGUCCAUAUCAUUUUGUUGAAAUUAUGGCCUGUCCAUCAGGCUGUACAAAUGGUGGUGGCCAAAUUAGACCAGAAGGGGAGAUUACUCCCAAAGACAGACUGGUUCAAGUUACAGAACUUUAUAACUCAGUACAAACUGUAAAUCCAUGGACACAGUCUGAUGUUCAAAAUCUUUAUUCUGACUGGUUAGGUGGAACGGACAGUAAAAAGUGUAAACAAAUGUUACAUACACAAUACCAUGAGGUGGAAAAGAUGACAAAUGCAUUGGCUAUUAAAUGGUAGGAGCUUGGAAUGAUAAAUAAUUUAUUAUAACAGGUGCUAGUGUGUCUUUUAAAUAAUUUUAGAUAAACAAAUACGUUAUGUUGUGAAAAACUUUAGAUUACCUGACAAAGGCUUUAAAUUAAAUAGAGAACAAACAUUUGAAUAAUUCCUGCAGACACUCUGUUGUUGUUUAAUGGUAGGAUUAUGUAUCCUUGUGUAUUCUAGUGAAGUUUGUGAUAUUGAUGUAUAUUAUUUCGUAUAAUAAGUGCUGUGAUCAUGAAUAGUGAAAGUAAAGAAAUAUCAAAAAGAA